AUGUACCGAUAAUAUGAUUGCACACAUUCUCCAUCCAAAUCAUCCAAUACUAUUGAUGAUAUGGAAUUAAGGCUUAAUGCAGUUAUAAAUGCAAAUGAAAAAUUGGUACUUUUUAUUACUAAGAUUUCAUUUAGACUUUACUGUUAAAAGAGAAAAUUUAAGAAAAUGAUUAACUAAAAGAAAAUAUUGAUAUUCUUUAUAAUAAUAAUCAAGAAUUAUCUGAAAUCAAUAUAUAAUUAUGUGAAUAAAUCAAACGAUGUAAAAACUAGAAAUGUUCCUCACAUCAUUAAAAAAAUUAUAAUGAUAUGGAAAGAGAACUCUUAAAACUCAAAGAUAUUAUUGUUUAAAAAGAUAGAGAAUUACAAAAUUAUCAGCAGCAUUUUGAAGAAGAUUUGCAGUUAGAAAUUACUUAAAAAGAUUAUGUAACAAUAUUAAAAAUUAACUUAUUAGAUUGAUAAAAUUAAAGGUUUAGAAGAUUAAAAUUAAUAAUUAAUAAAUGAAUUAGAUUUAGUUACUAAAAGAUUAAUUGAAACUUAAAGAGGAUCACUAAAAAGUUAAGAUAAUAAUCAUUAGGUAUUAUAGUACGAAUCAAUAAUUGAAGAUUUACAAUAGAAAAUUGAAUAAAUGAGUAUAAUAAUGAAUCAAUAGGAUGAUAAAUUUUCAAACAAUCAUAAUAAAUAAUUUUUAAUUUAAAUGGAAUAAUUAUAAGUUCAAAAGAUUACUCAAUCAUUAUAAUUAGAAGAAUAAAAAAAAAUAAUCAAUAAAUUAUAUUAAGAACUUGAAGAAAAAAAUAUUAUUAUUGAAUAAUUAAAGAAAAAUUAUAGUCUAAAUUCAUCUAGAAAUGAAAUAUUACAAAAAUAAAAUAUGCUUUAAAAUAAACAAUAAUAUAUUAAAAUAGAAUAAAAUGUUUUAGAUAUUAGUGAUGAUAUAGAAACAACUGUAAAGAGAAGAUCAAAUUUUGAUUUUUAAACUGGUAAAUAUAUUUCAUCAGGGAAAGGAUUUAAUGAAUAAAAAAAUUCUGGUUCCUAAAUUUCUGACUAAGAUUCCUAUCUAUUUCUAUAUGAAAAAUUAUAAUAAGAAAUGUAAAUCAAAGAAAAAUAAUACAAUGAACUUCUUUACAAAAAAUAAAUUGCAGAAAAUGAAAAUGAAAAACUAUCGAAUUUAAUCAAAGAUUUAGAAUAUUCAAAUUAAGAAAAAUAGUAAUUAAUUGAUUAACAAGAUAAUGAAAUCAAAUCUCAUCAUAGAAAUAUUAGAAAAAAGGAAUCUGAACAUAAAAGAAGUAUCAUUAAAUAAUAAGAUGAUUUGUAAAUUUAUGAAGAUAAAUUAAAUGCCAUUGAAAAUCAAAGAAAUGAAGAUCUUAUUGCUUAUGAAUAAUAAGUUACUUAACUAUAAAAUUAGAUGAAAUAAAAAGAUUUAGAAAUUAAAAAAUUAUAGGAUUAAAUUAAAGAGAAGAAUAAAUUGCAAAAUAAUUUAUAAUCUGUUAUUGAAGAAAAAAAAGAAAUAUAAUAAAAUUUAUAAUUGAAGGAUUAAAAAGAGGAAGAUUUAAAAGCGAAAAUUGUAUUGCUUUAAUAGUAACUCAAAACAAAAGAUAUAGAAAAUAAAAGUCUUAGAGAGAAAGGAUAAAAUUAAAAUAAAAUAUAUGAUUUAGAGAAUUAAAUAAUUUAGUUAAAAUUAGAAUUAGAGUAAAAUAUGAUUGAUGCAGAAGUUUAAGCUGAAAUUAUUUAAAAAAAUGAAUAAUAGUUGAAAAUAAAAGAAUUUUAAAUUAACAAACUAUAAGAUCAGUUAAAAGAUGCAAUUAAUAAAUAAAAAGAAUUAAUUACAGAAAGAGAACUUGAAAAUUAGAGAAAUUAUUAAUAAAUUGAUGAAUAAAAUGAUUUAUUAAGUAAAUAAGAGUAUGAAAUCAAAAAAUUAUAAAGUUUAAUUUCAACAAGACCCUUAGAUAAAACUUUAAAUAUUUAAUCUGAAAAUUUAGUACUUAAAGAAUAAGUAGAUGAAUUGAUAAAUUAAUAAACUAAAUUAGAAUAGUAAGUUAUAAUAUUAGAGACAUAGUUGAAAGGAAAAGAUCAAGAAAUAAUUAUUUCAAGUUAAAAAUAGAUUUUAUCAAAUGCAGAAUUGUAAACGAAUAUGAGAAAAUAAGAAGCUGAAUUCAAUGAUAAAUUAAUUGAAAAAGAAUAAUAAAUUUAGGGUUUACUUAAAUAAAUCUAAUCAUAAAAAUAAGAAAAUGAAUAAUUACUUUAAAAAAUUAAUUUUUUUUCUGAUAAGAUUUAACAUCUUGAAUCUCGAUAAGCUGAAUUAGAAAAAAAAGAAUAAUAAGAAUUAGAAUCUCAUAGAUAAGAGAUAUAAAAGAAAAUUGAACAAAUACCACAAAGUGAAGAUGGAACUACAUUAAGUGAUUUAAAUUAAUAUCAUAUGAAUGAAUUAAAAAAUUUUGCAAUUCAAUUAGAAUCUUAGAAUAAACAGGAUUUAAUAAAAUAAAUAUUAGAUUAAAAAAUUGAAUUAAUUUAAAAAAAUGAUUAAUUUAACAAUUAAAUUCAAAUAAUAGAAGAAUAAAAAUAAAAAAACUUAGUUAAUAAAUAAGAAAUAGAAUGUUUUUAGGAACUUCUAGAAACGAAAGAUAGUUAAUUAACAGAAUUAAAAAGUUGCAAAUAAUAAAUAAUAACUCUUGAAAAUUAAUUAAAAGUUAAAGAAUAGGGUCUAAAGAAAGUUUAGGAAGAAAAUAAAGAAUUAUAAUAAUAGAAACAAAUAGCAAUGUAGUAAAAAAAACAAAAUGAAACUCAAUAAUAAGAAUUCAAAAAACUAUAAGAUACCAUUAUUAAUUAAGAGUAAUUAAUGAAAAUUAAAGAAGAGAAUUUGAAAAAGUAAUAAGAUUAAUUAAGAGAAUUAAACAAAAAAAAUGAGUAAAUUUCAAAGGAUUUAAUUUAAAAUAAAACCUUAAAAGAUGAGGUUGAAAAAUAUAAGACCGCACUUAAUUAGAAAUAAGAAGAGUUAAAAAAUUUAUAAAAUUAGAUAAACAAUCAAAAGAAAUAAGAGGAAUAAAUAAAAAAAUUUUAACAACAAAUUGAAAGAGAAACAAAAACAAAAAAAGAAGAAAUAGAGAAACUUCAAAAUGAACUUAACUAAUAAAAUUAAGAAUUACAACUUGCUUUACAAUUAAGCUAGAAUUAAAAGAAUUUAGAAGAACAGGUUAAGAAGUUAUAAUAAUAAUUAGAUUUAUAAACUGAGAAAUUCAAAAAAUAAUAAUAAGAUUCUGAUAAGAAAGAAAUAGAAUUAACAAAAUAACUAAAAGAGACGAAUGAAUAGUUAUUAGAAUGGGAAUAAAAUGAUCUUUCUAAAGAUUAGCAUAUUGAGAAAUUAGAUAAAUAAAUAGAAGAGUUUAAGAAAAAGGAUGCGAUGUUUUAAAAAUAAGGGAAAAUAGUAAAAGAAUUAUAAGAAUAGUUAAAAUAAGCAGAGAGAGUGAAUAUUGAGUUGUAAAAGGAAAAAGAGAAUAAGGAGUCAGAAAUAAAUUGUUAAAAAGAGAAUUUAGAGUAGGAAAUAAAAGAUUUAAAAGAUUAAAUUACAAAGCUAUAAAAAUUAAAUUCUGAAUUAGCAAUCUAUGAAUCUAUUAUUUAAGUAGAUGUACGUAAAAUGUAAGAAUUGUAAAAGAAGAUAGAAUGUUUGGAAAGUUAUUACUCAUAACAAGGUUCAAAACAAAAUAUAGAGACCAAAAGUAAUGGAGUAACUCCUAGAAAAUAAGUUCGAGGAAGUUCAGCAAUGAAAUAAAAUGAAGAUCAAAUUUCAUAAAUGUCAUUUGAAUAAUUAUAAUUAAAUGCUAGAAACUAAGAAUAAGUAAUAAAAGAAGCAGGAUUGAGUAAUAAAAAAUACUGA